CACAGCCAACGGAACGACGCUCCCAAUUCACCCCUGUUCCUUGCUUCCUCCUGAGGGACUGGAAAUGGCUGAAGCUGGGCUGACUGAGGGCCCAGCGAGCGCCAAGGAGAAGGAGGGGCCUUUUGGCAAGGAGGAGGCAUCCCUGACACAGCCAGGCCAGAGGACGAUGUUCUGGCAAGUCAAAGAGGAGAACUGUGGCAUUGUGGGCUCUCUGGAGGGGCUUCUGAUUCCCAAACUGGACCUUUCCUUCCAAACGGAAAAGGGGGGAAAGAUGUUCUUGCAGGAACCAGAGCCAGGUAAAAGGAGAGAGAUCAAGAUGGAGAGUUCCCACCCAGGGGAAGCUGUGCCAGAGGGAAUGUCCCAGGGGAAUGUUCCUUGUUUAGCUGAGAUUACAGAGCAAAAGCAUGAGUCUAAAGGACACCAGGAAACAAAGGAAUACAGCAAUCUCCCAGAAGUUCCCGUUAGCGAAAACACAACACAGUUUGGAGUGGAAAAGCCCUUCUCCUCAAAUCACGGGAGGAACAACCAGCACAGUUUGGGUCUGGAUACGCUAAAUGCAGAAGAAGGUCGUUACGAAUGCCCCGUGCGCGGGGAGAGCUUCCAGCGAGGAUCUGCCCUGGCUGAACACCAGAGGAGGCACAUGGGAGAGGAGCUGUGCGAAGGGUCUGAGGACGGGAAGCCCUUUCCCCAUCGAGAGAUCUGGGUGCGCCAUCAGAGCGGCCUCGUGGAAGAGAAACCAUAUGAGUGUCCCGAGUGCAGGAAGGGGUUCAGUUACAGAGCGACUCUGAUGCGGCAUCGACGGAUCCACACCGAGGAGAAACCGCACAAGUGCUCCCACUGUGGGAAAAGCUUCAGCCAGAGAACCAAUUUGGUGAGUCACCUGCGAAUCCACACCGGAGAGAGGCCGUAUCAAUGCUCCCAGUGCGGGAAAGGCUUCCGGUGGCAACUCCAUUUGAAGAGGCACCAGAAGAUCCACACGGGAGAGAAACCUCACGAAUGCCCGGACUGUGGGAAAAGCUUUUCCCGGAGAGAUACUUUACUCAAUCACCGGAGGACUCACACAGGGGAGAAGCCGUACGAGUGCCCCGAUUGCGGGAGAAACUUCAACCACCCGUGCAACUUAAUUGAACACCAGAAGACGCACACAGGGGAGAAACCGCACGAAUGUCCCGAGUGUGGGAAAAACUUCUCCCGGCGGGAUACGCUGAUCAAGCACCAGAGAACCCACACAGGGGAGAAGCCUUAUGAAUGCCCCGAGUGUGGGAAAAGUUUCCAUCAUCCUUGCAGGUUGAUUGACCACCAGAAGAUUCACACGGGAGAGAAGCCUCACGAAUGCCCUGAGUGCGGGAAGAACUUUUCUCGGCGAGAUACGCUGAUCAAACACCAAAGGACCCACGCGGAGGAGAAGCCUUAUGAAUGCCCUGAGUGUGGGAAAAGCUUCAUUCAGAAGAAGGCAUUCAUCAGACACCAGGCAAUUCAUUUAGGGAAAACGUCCAGCUAAUAUUCUUGAAAAGUGCCACAUUCCACAGAAAAAAGAGGGAGAAGUGUUGGUUACAUCCUGAUUUGCAGUGGAGAAUCCACACCUUAUCUACAUCACGAGACAUAGGCAGAUGACAACAGAGAAACCUAGCAAAAAUAAGCUGAAAUAAGUAAAUUGAUUCAGCAGGAAGGUUAAAGUAAUAAUUGAUUAAUAAUAGAAAUUGGAUGUUUUCAGCUAUCAGAAAAAGAUUUUUUAAAAAGGAGGAGAAAGUUGAUGUCAUAGGUAUUAUUCUAGAAGAUAUAUAUGAUCUGAGUAGAAAAACAAUGGGGUUCAAGGAUGGAGUGGGAGGAAAGUUUAUUUUGAAGAGUCUGUGUUGCACCAACUGUAGUUGAUAACAAAAUGGAUUGUGUUUUGUUGAUGAAUAGCUAUUCUUUUUUUAAAAAAGAAGCAAGA